AUGGAAUCUGGUCCAGAUCAGCCUCAUAGUGUUUUGUCAAUUCAUACUGGGGCAACUGAUGGAAUUAAUCUACAUGAUAUUCAAAACAACACUCCUAUUGCUUCAUGUCCUUCAGCCUCAGCCCCUGAAUUACGUAAUUUGGGAACUUCUAAUAUUACAAAAGAAUCUGGAGGUUCUUCACAGCCAUUAUUGUCAAUUUCUGGGACACAGCAUCUAGGAACUAGUACUUCAGAACCUUUAUUGAGCACAGGCGAUGCAUUGGAAAAGUAUCAGAUUAUCUCAGAGAAGCUGGAAACUCUGGUGAGCAGUAAUGGUAAAGAUGCUGAUAUCCAGGGACUUAUUGCUGAGGUUCCCCGAAUACUCCUCAGAUGCGUAAGUCGAGAUGAAGCUGCAUUGGCUGUGGCCCAAAAGGUUUUCAAGGGUUUGUAUGAAAGUUCAUCAAACAGUGCACAUGUUGCUGCUCAUCUGGGCAUUCUAGCUGCAAUUCGUGAUGUUAGCAAAUUUGUUGUUAAGGAGCUAACUAGUUGGGUAAUUUACUCUGAUGAGGAUCGAAAAUUCAACAAAGAUAUUACGCUUGGGCUUAUUCAAAGUGAAUUACUGAACCUUGCUGAGUACAAUGUUCAUAUGGCUAAGCUGCUUGAUGCUGGACGGAAUAAGGGUGCAACUGAAUUUGCUAUUUCUCUCAUUCGAACAUUGUUGAAUAGUGAUUCCAGAGUCAUUUCCGAACUUCAUUAUCUUGUUGAUGCAUUGGCAAAGAAUCCUGUUGGCAAUGCUACUGCUACAUUUUCUGUUUCUGCUGGGAAGGACAAUAAUGCCACACAAAUUAAAGAAAAAAAGGCUCCUGAUCACUCUGGAGCUGGCAGGGAAGAAUGUAAUGUUGUUGAGUCAGGAGAAAUGGAUCCUGCUGGUUUUUAUGAGAAGGUUUCCAUGCUUUUCACGGAUUGGUGCAGAUUAUGUGAACUCCCUGGUGCAAAUGAUUCAGCUUUUGCCCAUUAUGUAUUACAAUUGCAGCAAAGUGGUCUGCUUAAAGGGGAUAAUACACAAGAUCGCUUUUUCAACUGCAUCAUGAAAUUCACUAUGUCACACUGCCUGCCUCCUGAGGUGAUUAGUUCUGGGCCUUUGAAAUCACCUCAUGUCCAGCCACUUUCCUUCCUUGCCAUUGAUAUCUAUGCAAAACUUGUUAUUUCAAUUGUUAGGGUAGGUCAAUUUUCUUCAGGUUUUAGUAUUUCUUGCCAAGAUAAAAUGAUUUUUUCCAAGUGCCUUACAUUCUUACAGGUUCUGGCAGUAGCUGUAAAAUUUAUUCAGAAAGAUGCAGAUGAGAGGAAAACAUCUUUCAAUCCAAGGCCAUAUUUUAGACUUUUUAUUAACUGGUUGCUUGAUCUGGGUUCCAUGGACUCUGUCUCUGAUGAUAUUCAGGUUUCAACAGCUUUUGCAAAUGCAUUUCAUGCUUUACAACCACUAAAAGUUCCUGGAUUCAGUCCUCAGUGCAUUUCCCCUAAUAUGAGACUACCGGAUCCAUCUACUCCAAAUUUGAAGAUUGAUCUGCUAACAGAGAUGAGUCAACCUCCACAUAUUCUCUCUGCGGUUGAUGCUGCUCUGAGAGCAAAGCAGAUCAAGGGUGAUGUAGAUGAGUAUCUGAAGACAAGGCCAGAGGAAUCUUCAUUUUUAACUGGAUUAAAGCAGAGAUUGUUGCUUCCACCAGAUGAUGCUGCUCGGGCAGGGACGCGAUAUAAUGUACCAUUGAUUAACUCCCUUGUGCUUUAUGUUGGAACACAGGCCAUUCAGCAGUUGCGGGAAAGGACUCCUCAUGCAGAGUCAACAGCCAAUAGUGCUCCAUUAGCAGUGUUCUUAGUUGGAGCUGCCUUGGACAUAUUUGAGAUUUUGAUGAUUGAUCUAGAUACGGAGGGGCGCUACCAUGUUUUGAAUGCGAUUGCUAACCAACUGCGUUACCCAAACAACCAUACUCACUACUUCUCUUUCAUUAUCCUUUACCUAUUUGGUGAAUCAAAGCAGGAAAUUAUUCAGGAACAAAUCACGAGAGUGCUAUUUGAACGCCUAAUCGCUAACCAACCUCAUCCAUGGGGACUCUUGAUUGUUAUCAUUGAAUUGAUUAAGAAUCCUACGUACAACUUUUGGAGCCAUUCUUUUACAAGGUGUGCACCAGAGAUUGAGAAAAUAUUUGAAUCUGUCUUGAGAUCAUGCAGGGGUGCGAAACCUUUGGAUGAAAGUGUUGUCACAGGUGGAGUGAUGCCCGACUUGCACUGA